ACGCAGCAGAUGAGACGCAGAUCAGUGAAGGAUCGACGCACGCAGCAAAUCACUCAACCCCACCAAACCACACAAUUUGGCGGCAGUGUACCAACAGAAAGAACGAUCUGCACUGGCCAAAGUACGGCUAAAAAUCACUCUCUGUGCCACAGUCAGUCUGCCUUUCUGGCCACGAUCCGUCCGGUUAUCACAAACACAUAACACAUAAUUAAGGAGUGAGCAGCUCAAAGAACACGUGUCCCAUCACCCCUCCCUCCCUCUGACCAUAACUCAACUCAUCUUCCCCUCUCUGUCUGUCUGUUGUCCAUUUCGACCAGACCAGCCAGAGACCAUUACACGCGUACGCCACGACACCCAUUCGCCCGCCCGCCCUCCGGCACAGCAGUGUACAAACUCAAGCAAAUCACUAAGUUGAACCAAGGACAGAUGACGUGCUCAUAAGUACACGGCGCAACUCGCACAUGUACGCCUCUCUGCCUCUCUGCAAUCGAUAUGUAAGGAUCGAUCCCUACGAUCCUGUCGAGGGAUAAGCUGUGAAGAAACCGCUCGUACCACUCUCCGGGCAAGUCUCUAUCUCAAUCGGGCACUGGUACGUCCCCUCGAUUUUAGUGGAGUCAGAAGAUCGGAGUAUGCCCAUGUAGGUACACCCACAAUCGUAGCGAAGGAAGUAGUACGCGUAGUCAUCCCCGUCUGCAGGAUCAGCGACCCGGCCCACCCCCACGGAGAAACUGUCGACCGAAAGCAAAAAACAAACAGCAUUCUCCCCGCCAGUGCUUUGUGCAUGUCUUGUCUAUCUGUGUGCCUAGCCUGCCCGUGGCUACCUGGUGUCCUGACUCUCCCUCUGGCACGUGUAGAGAUGCUCUUGAUCCGGCAGGGUACUGCCGAACGUGCAAGUGACGUUCCCCAAACCUUCGCCGAGGUACUCCUCCUCCAUGGUGAAGGUUUGUCCGAGAAAGGGGUCUUGUUCCGCUUGCGCAGUGUCAGUCUGCACGCAGACCCAUAGACACACACACAGAUUCAUCGGACCAGCACAGCAAGAGAGGGAGUGGCUGAUUCCCUACAGUCGGGGGGAUGGCCGCCACGCGUACGCGGAAGUUCUCUGCCGUGCUGGGAACAAUAGCACCGGCCAGGAGGGCACCGACGACGCACAGAAGAAGCUUCAUCGUCGAUCUUCUUGCUUGAGAGGACGAGGGCACACAGAUCUCGGUUUGUGUGGGCACCGG